AUGGCGUUUGCUGAACUCCUGGACCAAGUGGGCAGCCAGGGCAGGUUCCAGGUUCUCCAGACAGUGGCUCUGCUGGUCCCCAUCAUAGCGGUUACCACGCACAGCAUGCUAGAGAACUUCUCAGGAGCCGUCCCCAACCACCGCUGCUGGGUGCCCCUCCUGGACAACAGCACAGCCCAGGCCAGUGUCCCCAGGACCCUGAGCCCUGAGGCUCUGCUGACCAUCUCCAUCCCACCUGGCCCCAACCAAGAGCCCCACCAGUGUCGCCGCUUCCGCCACCCACAGUGGCAGCUUCUGGACCCCAAUGCCACGUCUGCCAACUAGAGCAAGGCUGCAACAGAGCCAUGCGUGGAUGGCUGGGUCUACAACCGUAGCACCUUCACUUCCACCAUUGUGACCCAGUGGGACCUGGUGUGUGACUCACAAGCCCUGAAGCCUAUGGCCCAGUCCAUCUACAUGGCUGGUAGCCUGGUGGGAGCUGCCGUGCGUGGUCAAACCUCAGACAGGUUUGGGCGCAGGCUGGUGCUGACCUGGAGCUACCUUCAGCUGGCCGUGGUGGGCACCGCAGCCGGCUUCGCCCCCACCUUCCCUGUGUACUGCCUGCUCCGCUUCCUGGUGGCCUUUGCUGUGGCGGGCAUCCUGAUGAACACAGCCACACUCCUGAUGGAGUGGAUGUCAGCAGCAGGCCGCCCCUUGGUGAUGACCUUGAACUCCCUGGGCUUCAGCUUCGGCCAAGUCCUGAUGGCCGCUGUGGCCUAUGGUGUGCGCGACUGGGCCAUGCUGCAGCUAACGGUUUCCGCCCCCUUCUUCCUCAGCUUUGUGUACUCCUGGUGGCUGGCAGAGUCGGCACGCUGGCUCCUCAUCACAGGCAGGGUGGCCCAGGGCCUGCGGGAGCUGCAGAGGGUGGCUGACAUCAACAGGAAGAGGGCAGUGGGGGAGGCACUGACCACUGAGGUCUUGCUCUCAGCCAUGCAGGAGGAGCUGAGAAUGGGCCAGGCUCCGGCCAGCAUGGGUACCCUGCUCCGCAUGCCCGGACUGCGCCAACGCACCUGCCUCUCCAUACUGUGCUGGUUUGCUUUUGGCUUCACCUUCUAUGGCCUGGCCCUGGACCUGCAGGCCCUAGGCAGCAACGUCUUCCUGCUCCAGGUCCUCAUUGGAGUGGUCGACAUCCCAGCCAAGACAGGCACCCUGCUACUGCUGAGCCACCUGGGCCGCCGACACACACAGGCUUUGUCCCUGGUGCUGGCCGGGGUCUGCAUCCUGGCCAACACAGUGGUGCCCCAUGAGAUGGAGGCUCUGCGCUCAGCCCUGGCCGUGCUGGGGCUCAGUGGGGUGGGGGCUGUCUUCACCUGCAUCACCAUCUACAGUGGCGAGCUCUUCCCCACCACGCUCAGGAUGACCGCGGUGGGCCUGGGCCAGAUGGCAGCCCGUGGGGGGGCCAUCCUGGGGCCCCUGGUCCGGCUACUGGGCGUGUACAGCCCCUCAAUACCCCUGCUGGUGUAUGGGGUGGUAGCAGUGCUGACCGGCCUGGCCGCGCUGCUGCUGCCCGAGACCCGGAGCCUGCCACUGCCCGACACCAUCCAGGAUGUGCAGCGCCCGUGAGUGGACCAGCCUGGGACCCCUCCCUCCCACCAGAGAGCC